GUCUCAAAAAAUUCCUCUCACAAUACCCUGCCCUAUUCGAAAUCAACGGUGAUUUCGUGCACAUCAACAGUUACACAUCGAGCAGCGUAGACGACUCGUCGAUCACGGGCAAACGAGACUACAUCCAGGAGGCGAAAGACUACUUCAAACACAAACUGCUCCAAUACGGCAAGGGCACCGAAGUGCCGAUCCGUAGUCUCCUGGGUCACCGUAGUCAAGCAUCUCCCCAGGUAAGGCACAUUUCCGGACAGCACAUCCGAGAGUUCACCGAAUUCCUACUCAAACACCCGGAUACCUUCCACGUGGUAGACGGGGAAAAUGUCGUCCUGGUUGGGUGCGAAAACGAAGAGGACGUCCCCGCUUCGGAGCGGUUGCAUUUGCCAAACUCAUCUAUCGACACACAGGGGACCCAACAGCUGCUGGACUAUUUUGCCCAGGUUAUAGAAGUGAAGGGUCCCAUUAUCGUCGAUCAGCUCUUCCACAUGGUCACAUCCAACUUCCCACAAGAGCAAUGGUUUCACAUGUUUAAAAACCCAGGUGAUCUAAAAACGUUUCUGAAGCUCUUCUCGGACUGCUUCCACAUCCAAUCCAAUCUAGUCACACUCCUGCAAAAGCCAAAACUGUCCGAUUCACACAUUCGGCAGGCGCAGGACAAGCUCAACCUAUCCAACAGCUCCUUUAACACCACACCAAGUAUCGGCAGCGCUGGAAGCGCCGUGGGUAGUGCAAAUGGCAGCAACAACACCAGUCGAACGGCCUCACCCAAAAACAUGAUCGGUGAUUUUAAACUUAACGAACCGGUUUCGGUCGGGAUCGUUCCCAACAAUCCGGCCACCACAUUAAGCAGUAGUAAAAGCGAACCCACCAGCGGGUUCGACAGCUUAUUAAUCAAUAAUGAUUUUAAAAUGGAGAACCUUUGUCCUAAAAACUGCCCCUCCACGUCGAACUCCGCCUACUCAAAAUCCCAACAGAACUCAACAGUUCAACAGCAAACCACACAAACCGCCAGGCUAGAUCCGAAUCACACGAUAGCCAACGAAAAAGCGAACCUCAUCAACAACAACAACAAUCCGGCUGUGAAUCCGAAAAAUCAAACCCUCAAACAACGUAUCAACAGUUUGGUGAUCAAAACGCUCGCCGAAAACCUAGAAAAAGAUAAGCAAUCAAUGUCUGCCAUACCAAACACAUCACAGCGUGGGUGUCGGUCCCGGUGGGGUGGUCCCCAACCGAACAACAACCCAGCGCCACAUCCCGUCUCACCGACGCCGACCAGUCCGGUUCACUCGAAUAACUACUUCAUCGGUGACACGUGGAAGAUCAAAGUGCUGCAGAACACUCAGGUCAUCUCCACCGUCAAGGAGUCCCUCUUCGUCAACAAUGCCAUCCUGAAAGCGUCAACGUACGAGGACCAGGCGGUGGUAUCGUUCGACUGCGAGGGCAUCAACUUGGGCGUCCGAGGGCAGAUCACCAUGAUCCAGCUGGGUACGACCCGGGGCGAAGCGUUCAUCUUCGAUGUGGCGUCCUGCCCGGACAUGGUGCCGCUCGGCGGCAUAAAGGAGGUGCUCGAAUCGGAGAAGGUGAUUAAGGUGAUACACGACUGUCGGAACGACUCGGUGAAUCUGUACAAUCAGUUCCAGAUAUUGCUGAAGAACGUGUUCGAUACGCAGUCGGCCCACGCAGUGCUCCAGUUCCAGGACCAGGGAAAACAGGUCUACAAGGUGAAAAACGUCUCGCUGAACACCCUGUGCGAAAUGUACAACGCCACAGUCAACCCGAUGAAGGACCAGCUAAAGAAUGUCUACCGAAGGGACCAGAAGUAUUGGGCCCGAAGGCCGCUUACCCGCGACAUGCUUCUGUACGCCGCCGGAGAUGUACUGAUACUGAUCAACGAACAGCUGUACCUCAAUAUGGCCACAUCAAUCAAGACAGAAUUCCGCGAACUGCUCGCGGAGUUGUGCACUGAGCAGAUUUUGAUGCUAAUCCGCCCAGUGGACGUCAAGAUGCGCAAGAAGCAACGCAAGGUUCGCUCAGAGAUUCAGGAUCUCAAAGUGAAGCUGAAAGGUGCCAGCAAAAAUGUGGUGCUAAGCAAUCGUGAGAUCCGAUUGCUGAGGUACAUGGACCUGACCGAAGAUGAGAAGGAAAAACUGCGGGUAUCGUACAAGGUGGCCAAGAAGCUGGACAAGCUGGAGAACUUUGAUCGGGAUCGUGGCGACGCGAGCGACUCCGACGACGAUUGUGAUGUCAUCGAGCAGGACUACCAGAGCCUGGAGAGCAUGCCGUCGGACAACUCGUUACCGGGCACGGGCAACAACGGCGGCCCAGGCACGUUUUCACCCAAGAGUUCCGAACCGCCGAGCCUGACCGAGUCGAUGCAGUUGAUGGACGAAAUACUGUCGAACACCACAAUGGAUCGGAUGGCCAAGAUCGAUAAGCUGGAGGCGAUCUUGUCGGCGGCGACCCUUCUACCAAGCGAUCAGUCCUUCACUGAGACCAUGAACAAUUUCAAUACCAAUACGAUAGUAGUAACUAACGAUAAUAUUCUACAGCCGGCGAAGAAGGAGGAACCUAAAGGACGGACGCAAAAGUCCUCCUCAGUAAUGGGUCCCCCGCUGGGCAGUUCCAACAAGCCGUCGUCCCGCCAUCAGUCGCAGCAUGGCUCGACUCCACCUCCAGCGCCGCCGAAAGCGGAAAUGAAGGAAGCCGGCUGCCAAACGCUCAGCACCGGCGACAUCGUCAUCACGAAAAUCUUCUUCAAGGAGGAACAGGAUAAGAAACCGGAGAAGACCCUCAGCGGUUCGGCCAAACGGAAUGGGUUGGACGCACCACCGGAGAUAAUGGUACAUCAGCAGCACAACUCCGUGCCAGCCUGACAGGCUCAACCGGUCAGUUCCAGAAGUGGUGGUAGAAAGGGUUCGGCAGGCGAAAGACGAUCGCGCAACGGCAGCGCGACAGUCUACCGCCAACAGCAGCAGCAGCAGCACCAUCGAGGUGAACGAUGUGAAUAGUAGUCGUUUUGUGGGAGGGUGCUUUUCUGUUUUUUGGACGGGUUAAUAUUGUUUUCAGUAUAUAGCGAGUUAAUGUUUGUGAACAGGUAUCAAAUAUCUGUUCGAGUUGAGCAAUUGGCGAGCGAGUACAGUUUGGUUUGGAUGAGAGCACGAAGCGAGCGAAGCAAGGCAGUAUGAUUUCUGAACGAGAGAGAAGCAAUAAUUUAUCGACGUAUCUAUAGAAUCACAUAUUUUUAAAGAAAGUUAUUUGAACCCCGUAUUUAUGAAAAAUCCAUUUGCGAAGAGACACGAGUUCAGGCUAUAGAAGGAACAAGACUAGGUGAAACCUUGUUAUAUCAAUUGUAAAAUAGUAAAAUGCAAUUCAUAGGAAGUGAGAACCGUUUCAGAAAACCAAUAUCAAUAUUUUUUUAUAGUAAUAUAUUUAACGAACCAUCUGAGGUGAGAUUUUUUCCAAACGUAAAACCAUGUAAGCAUAGCUAUACUAUCUUGAGACUCAUUUAUUAUUAAAGUACAGAAAAGAAUCACAAGAAAUUGAAAGGAUCAUUUUUUGCAGUCGAUGAGACAUUGAAGAAAUUUUACAUAUGCUGAAAGUUAACAAUGAAUACGAAAGUUGUAUCAUGCAAAACAUGUUAGAUCAAAAACCGCUUCCUAAUAUAUUAUACCAACAAACACGUAGAUGAAAUACACAGAAUUGGACAACA